AUGGCGAAGUCAUCACCCUCACUUUUCGUCGCCCUUGGAAGUCGAUGGGGAAAACCCGUCGAAGAAGUAGACAAAAAAGAUUCGUCGUCGGCGUAUUCGCCGCCGAUCGAAGAAAAAGAAAACGGUGAUGAAAACAACAAGAAUGAUGAUGAUGAUGUGACUCCUGCGAAGAAGACAACGACGACCGAGGAAGACGCGAACGACAACAACAAUAACACAAAAACAACAACAACAGCAAGUUCGGAGAAGAAGCGGGGAAAGCGUAAAAGUCGAUGGGAAACCGCAAACGAGGAGGAAGAGAAGGCGACGAGAGGAGAAGCGACUGCAAACGAAGCAACACCUAAUGACACGAAUUACGUCGCAGUGAAACGCAACGCACCGUUGCCAGGAACGAUCGUUAUAUCCGGAGGCUUACGCGUUCAGAUUCCCGCCGCUCUGUUGGGUGUACGUUCCAUGCCGAAAAAUGCUCGAGUAGAUCCAGAGUUGGAAGUCAUGUUCAAAGACUUAGAAACUUGCAACCGAAACUGCUUGAUUGGCGCACCGUUCUCCGAGAAGGAAUUUCUCGAUAAACGGGACGUGUUGAAAACGAAAAACAGCAAACACUUUCCGAAAGAAGUGGAAGAGAACAUGACGAAACCGAAAGACGACGCACCGCCGGUUUAUGACUUGCAUGGUCACAGAGUGAGUUCGAAAUCUGAAGUGAAUCGAGACAAAUACGAAGAAAAGCGUGGACGCUUAAUCGAAGAAAUCGCUCGCAGGUGCCCUCAGUUCACACCACCAGCGGAUUAUCUUCCCUCCAGAAAACGAAGAAAGAUUUACAUCCCAGUUGAAGAACACCCCGGAUAUAACUUUUUCGGGUUGAUUAUUGGUCCACGCGGGAACACUCAGAAAAAAAUGCAAAUGGAAACCAAUACGAAAAUCGUGGUCCGCGGAAGAGGUGCCGCGAAAGAAGGCUCGGGGAAGCAAGACGUAUCCGUAGACGAACCUUUACACGUUUUAGUCGAAGGCGAUACUAUGGUUGAUAUUGAUCGAGCCUGCGAGAUGAUUGAAAAGUUACUCGUCCCUGUCGAUGAAAACAUGAACGAACACAAACGAGAGCAGUUGAGACAACUCGCGAUUAUGAACGGUACGCUCAGAGAAGUCGACGAACAGGAGUUAAGAUUGCAGCAAGAAGAAGAGAACGCACUUUUGUAUCAGUUGCCGGAUCAUAUCAAAUCCAAAACGGACGAGAUGUACAGGAAAGAUAUAGAAAGAGUUCACGGCACUGGAAACGGUUUAGAAGACAAAUACUCAGAUUUCUUGUCCGAAAUCGGCGUCGACCCGAGCUCUCUCGGAGGAAAAGCUGGCGUGAGUUACGCGGUUGGAGGAGUAGAUCAAUACAACCCCUUGAAUGCUAAAAUUUCUGGUUUAGGUGCCGGCGCAAGAGCUGCACCGGCAUCAUCCGUUGGAGUGGGCGCAGGUGCACCACAAGCUGGCGCGGCGCCGUUCAGUGGUGGCGGCAACAAUCCGGACGAUAAAAACAAGCUAUACGUGGCGAAUUUACCGCCGCACGUGACGAAUGAACAAUUGCGUCCGAUUUUUGAAAAAUUCGGCCGCGUUACGGCGUGUGACGUUGUUCCAGACCGCGAUAAACAAUUAUCGUGCAAAGGAUUUGCGUUCGUAACAUUCGCUACCGAGGUGGAGGCUCGAUCGGCAAUUCCGCAUACGAACGGCAUGACUAUCGAAGGACGAGUGGUAGAAACGCGCAUUAAAAACGAGCCGAAAGUCCCGAUUCACAACGCGUCUGGAGGUGAUACCGCGCAGGAAGACGUAAACGAAGAGGCAAAACUCUACGUGGCAAACUUACCAUCGCAUUACGAAGAGGAGGAUUUGAAAACGCUGUUUAGCCCAUACGGUUUAGUGCAAAGUGUGAAAUUAGUCUUGGACCACACGACAGGUCUCUCCAAAGGGUACGGCUUUGUGCAAAUGAUGGAUCAAGAGCAAGCGAUGUCUGCGGUUGUAGCUGUCCACGGUAACAUGGUCGAAGGGUGCACGAAACCUCUGGUUGUAAACAUUGCCAACGAUAAAAAACGAGGAGUCCUUGGCAAUGGUUACGGCGCGCCGAUGAUGCCGAUGAUGGAUGCCGCCACUGCUGCGUAUUAUUAUCAACAACAGCAAAUGGCAAUGUACGGCUAUCAACAGUACGAACAGCAAUACGUCGUUCCUGAGGGCAUUCAAGUGGGGGAUAUGAAUUCUGCACCGGCGCCUCCUCCUCCGCCAGAAAUUCCCGUACCUCCUCCGCCAGAAAUUCCCGUACCUCCUCCGCCCGACCAAAGCGUCGUCGUAGAUGACUUGCCCCCUCCACCGCCGCUGCCACCGUCUUCUUCUUAG